AUGACUACAGCUCAUCGACCCACUUGGAAUAGGAUUAAAGGAGGCUCAGAACAAGGUGGAAAUGUCCUCGUAAAACCAUCUAGGCAGUAUUCAUCCAAGGACAUGCCUGCUCAUUUGAAGCUAAAGACCAGACAUGAUGGGCAAGGUUCAACAGAUGAAUAGAAAACCAUAGAUUUUAAAUAAGAACUAUUACUGAAAGAGCAACUGGCUUCAAUAAAUAAACAUGGAAUGGUCAGAUCUGCAGCUCAAAUGAUUUAGUCAGGAAAUGAUUAGGACUUUAAAGAGCCAUUCCCUAUUAAAAGACUUAAAGUCAAUGAAUCAUAAUCAAAGCCAGUACUUAAGACACCCUUCCCUUAAGAUGCUGAUGAGAACUUUGAUGAUAGUGAUUCUGAUAAGGAGUCUGAAAAUGAUGAUGAAGAAGAAGUAAAAAAGCCAAAGUAAGAUGAAUCGUCAGAUGAUAGUGAUUCAGAUGACGAAGAUGAUGAUGAUGACGAUUAGUUAGAGUUAAUGAGAGAAUAUGCCAAGAUAAAGAAGGAACGAGAGGAGGAAUAAAGAAAGCGCGAGUUAAUGAAGAUGGAAGAGCUUAAGAAGAAGCAAAUGGAAGAAAUUCUAAGAGGAAAUCCACUGCUUAACCAAGAUGAAUAGAACGAGAUCACUGAGGCUUACUCACUUAAGAAGAAGUGGUAUGAAGAGACAAUAUUCAAGAAUCAGGCUAGAACUGAGCCUAAGGAAAAGAAGAGAUUCGUUAAUGAUACAGUUCGUAGUGACUUCCACAGAAAAUUCUUGUGUAGGUUUAUUCAGUGA